UCUUCCCGCUUUCCGACCAUUGCGUCCGUCGCAAGUCGCAGUCCAGAAGACACUCACUCAUCUUCUCCUUCAAACUAGCAUGGGCGUACCCAUGGACUCCAACAACAAUAUACACGCUCCUACAGUCGUCUCCGGACCCACGUCCGGGGAGGCUCCUUCUCGCGAUCUGUCCAAGCUCGGUGUGGUCGAUCUCAUGCAAGAAAAAGAGCGUAUCGAAGAGGAACUCUCAGCUCUCAGCAGUGUGCUCAGCUCGCAUGGCGUUCAUAUGAACACCUCGUUAACGACAUUCGAUGGCUUCCCCCGCGAUGAUAUAGAUGUCGCCCAAAUACGCACGACCAGAGCGCGCAUCAUCCGACUACGAACCGAUCAUAAGGAGGUCAUGUCACUUCUCGAGAAUGGUAUCCAUGAUCAUUUCGCAAGCUUGCAGCGCGCACAGGUUCCUGCGCCAUCAGCCGGCAACAUCAACAGCACACAGGCAACGCAAGCCAGUGCAGCCGGUGGUGGUGCGUCAGAGACUGGGACUGCCGGCGUGCCGUUUGCGAGGGUCAACAGUGUUGUACCCGGAAGCCCUGCAGAUCAGGCGGGUUUAAAGGCUGGGGAUACUGUACGGAACUUUGGAAGUGUAGACUGGCUGAACCAUGAACGUCUAUCGAAAGUCGCUCAGGUUGUCCAGCAAAGCGAGGGGCGUCCCGUGACAGUCGUUAUCACCAGGAAGGAACCCAACUCGGCCAAUAUUAUUGAGCUCAACCUGGAGCUCACUCCUCGCCGUGACUGGGGUGGCCGUGGGCUGCUAGGCUGUCAUUUGGUUCCUCUGUGAUAGCAACAGGCAAUCUCUAGUUACUGAUACUAGCAUAUAUAAAUGCUUUGAUCUUCUCAUGUGGCAUGUCUCUAUGACUUUCUUUGUAUAUUUGGGCGGACUCAAAGGAGCAUAUCACGUGGCGUUUCAAUUUCUGCUCUUCGACGAGUUAUGAUGGCUAAACCGAAAUUC